AUGACAAAAUGCUUGGGUGAAAUCAGAGAUAAAUUCGAGCCUCUCUGCUUAUUCAGAUCUUUUGAGCAGGGCCGCGCUAGCUACCAUGGUAUGAUUAAAUGGGAGCCUGCAAAGCAUCGGUUACACUUGAUAGAAGAUUUGAUAUCUAAAAAAAAGAUUGUCAUUGGGUUUGAUAAAAAGCGUGGCACUGAGAAGACCGAAAAUAUGUGCCAUGAAGCUGUCAUAGAGUUCAUAACUAAGCACGGUGGGCCAGAGGGAGCAAAUCAAUGGAAAUUUGGCCAGCAAGGGCGCAGAGCAAUGGAUGUUCAUGGAAAAUUAUGGAAUGCGGCUAUACAUUCAUGGGGACAUCCUUUCCUAGUUCAGUAA